CAGCGUAGCAGGCCAGUAGGAGUCCGGUCAAUCGUCGUGGCUUGGGCUCGAAUCCGACGGGAAACCCUCGCCGCCGGGACGGGGAUCGACGCCCAGCUCCAUCGCGGCGGACGGCGCCACGAGGGCUAGGAGGAGGACGACGACGAGGUCCAGGUCACGCGCAGCGUCUUCGUCGACUUCGCCGGCGACGCGUGCGCGGCGGAGCGGGGGAGGCGCCGGCCGGCUGCCGAUCACUCGGCGGCCAUAGACGAUGUAGUGGGCUCCUUAGACAAGAAGUGGAGGCAGGACGAGCUGGAAUCGCAAGAGCCCCCAAUGAGCAGAGAUGGAGGCAGCGGUGACGAUAAUGCGAACCCCGACCUCAUCAGCCGCCUUCCCGAAGAGAUCCUCGACAGCAUCCUCUCCCUCCUCCCUACCACCAAGGGCGCCGCGCAGACAUCUGUUCUAUUUUCCAGGUGGCGCCACCUUUGGCGCACUGCCCCGCUCAACCUUGUCAUCGACCAAGGCCCCAUCAGCCAGGAGAGCAAGCGCAUCACCAUCGUCUCCAAGAUCCUUGCCGCGCACUCUGGUCCUGCCCGCCGUCUCUUCUUCAACCAACCCGGUGGCAUCUGCCUCCGCCGUGAGUUCUAUGCCAAGUUCGACAGCUGGUUCCGGUCCCCUUCCCUCAAUGGCCUUGAGGAGCUCUACUUGUAUGGAGGCGACAUGUUGCCGUGCCUGCUGCCAUCAUCCGCACUCCGCUUCGCACCAACGCUGUGCAUCGCCAGCAUCGGCCACUGCGAUUUUGCCUUGAUUAAUGAUGCCCUUGCACUUAGCUUCCCUCGGCUGAAGCAGCUCAAGCUCUAUCAUGUCUCCAUCUCGGAGGUGACCCUCCACCACCUGCUUGCCGGCUGCACUAUGAUACAGAGCCUUGAUCUUCGAUGGAUCCAUGGGCCCAGCAGCAUCCGGAUCAUCUCGCCGACUGUCCGAAGUAUUGGCAUAUCUGUUUGUGACUACUACGAUGAAAAGCUUGUGUUCCCGGAACUUGUUAUUGAGGAUGCACCAUGCCUUGAAAGAUUGAUCCCACAUGGUUUAAGGGGUGGUCCAAGGACAAUCAGGGUCAUCGCGGCGCCAAAACUGGCAGUGUUGGGCUACCUGUCUAGGCUAAUCUCCGAACUUGUUAUUGGAACCAUAAGUGUUAAGGAAAUGAUCCCUAUCAUGUUCACCACGACGGUACGCACAGUAAAGGUCUUGGUUCUACAAUCUGUCGGCCCUAAUCUGGAUGCAAUUGUCUCAUUCCUUAGAUGCUUUCCCUGCAUGGAGAAGCUGUACAUUCAGUCACGUCCUAGAAAGGACAUGACAAAUGUGCAGCAAUAUGACACACUUGUUGAUCCUAUCGAAUGCCUUGACCUCCAUCUCAGAGCAAUCGUAGUGAACAUGUAUCAAGGCUUGGGGCCAGAUGUUAACUUUGCAAAGUUCUUUGUUCUGAAUGCAAAGGUGCUCAAGGUAAUGAAAUUUGGUGUGUAUGGUAGUAACUGCAAUGAGCAAUGGAUAGCUGAUCAGCACAGAGAGCUACAACUGGAUAGCAGGGCUUCUGGAGAUGCUCGGUUUGAUUUUGUGAGAUAUAAUGGCGAGUGCACGUUUUCCAAUAUGAAGCACACGCAUGAUAUGUGGAUAGCUGACCCCUUUGAUAGCUCACUGUGUAAAUGUUGUUCACCAGUUUGAUGCCCUCCGAAGAGAUGCCUGUUUAUCUUGUCAUCUCUUUGGUUCCGACAUUCUGAUGUGUUCUAUGUAAUGAGCUUCUGCUUAGACAACUUCUACUACCUUCUGGCAUAUGCUAGUUGAAAAAUGAAAUAGCAGCUCCUCGUUGCAAGUUGCAACGUUUUGUCA